GGCAGAGCGAAACACAGGCCCUUCAAGGGGAGAUUUGUUGGUGUGCUUUUUAUUAAAUGUGUUGUAAAGCCCGCCUGAUGUAGCGCCUGAAAGGGGUCGUCGGAUUCCGUUCUGAGGCGUCCCUCCUCCGCUACGAUUUUCCCGGGCCUGGCCGUGGGAGGCGGGGCGCUUCGCUUACAGGAAGUACACGUGUGUGAAUGUAAUCCCACGAGCUCUGCGUGCAAUCCCGGAAGCGGGCGGACGAAGCGAGAUGGCGGCGGCCGUGGCCGGGUGGGAGCCGGGGGAGCCGGGCGGCGAGUGGGAGUCUCUUCUCUUCACUGAAAUUGGUGAUCUGAUAGAAGAUGAAUUGCAGCUGAAUGCAGAGAAUGAAACUUAUGAAAACAAUCUUUGUGACUUCGACUUUGACUUGGAUAUGAUACCUUGGGACUUGGACUCCUGUGAUGUUUCAAAGCAGAUCCCAGCAGAUGUAGACUGUGAAGUGGAGCCCCCCUCGCCAGCCACUUCAGCCGAUUCAGUUCCUUCUCCUCUCUCUGUGGAUUCUCCGGUACAUGUACCUGAAGGUGUAGAGCUGGGCUCCAAUUCGCACCCAUCACCUGUGUCUUUGUAUGACAGGGGCUCUCAAAGUCUUUCCUCACCUGUAGGACGAAAGGAGAAGAAGCCUCCAUCCAGAACAACAAACCACUCAGCAAAUAGAUCUCCUGUGACCUCCAGUCGAUGUAGUCAGCUAGCCUCCAAACCUGCGGUUCAACCUAAACUUUUGUUGCCUGCCUUUCGGGAGCCUCAGACCAGCCUCAGUGUUCAUGCAAAAGCUAUUGUCAUUCCAGCUCUUCAAACACUCUUGGCAUUACCAAAGCAGCAACCAGUUGUUGCUAUCCAGCCAGCACCUGCAAAAGGCCAGCCGGUAAUGCUUUCUCAGCCUGCCGUGGUGCAUUUUCAGGCAACCGGAAUCCUUCCUGCCACCAAUCCAGCCAUUGCUGUCACCGGGGGAGUCACACCACUACCAGGCCAUGCUGUCAAUGUAUUGCCACAAACUGUAGGAAAGAGUUUGGCCACUGGAAAACUUACAGAGGCUAAGCCUGUUCUUCAUGCCGCUUCCCCAAAUACUAGCAUGGAUAUGAACGUUCUGAGACGGCAGCAACGUAUGAUAAAGAACCGUGAAUCAGCUUGUCAAUCACGCAGGAAGAAAAAGGAAUAUAUGCUGGGUUUGGAGGCUAGGUUGAAGUCAGCCUUGUUGGAGAACGAUCACCUUAAGAGAGAGAAUAGCACUCUGAAGAGGCAGCUGGAUGAACUGGCAGUGGAAAACCAGAAUCUCAAAGGCUCCCCUCCAAAGAGAAGAGCACUCUGUGUGAUGGUGCUCCUAGCCUUCGUAGUGCUGAAUUAUGACAGACUAAGUGUGCUUGAAUGGGGCCCCAGCUCUACUGAACUUCGUGGUAGUUCUGCCCACCAGAGCAGGCACCUUCUUGAAUUCUCUGCAAGUGUACCUCAGGAAACAGAUGGCAGGAAUAAUGAUGGGUAUAAGCAUUCAGUUUCGAAUAAUAAAGCAUUGAUGGUAGUUACGGAGGAACCAAUAAUAUACAUUUCUCCCCCACCUUGCCAGCCAAUGAUCAAUCGCACAGAGUCACUCAGGUUGAGGCAUGAGCUGCGAGGCUGGGUUCAUAGACAUGAAGAAGAAAGGACAAAAUCAAGGAUGUUAAAUAGUCAGCAGCAAAAAGCUCAGCCCAUCCAGAAUGCUUCAGGAGAAAAAGCGAAUUCUGAGCUGAUGGCUCUUCCGUACACAGACAACAGUGUUGGCAGGAACUCAGGGAAUGAGCUACAAGUUUAUUAUGCUUCUCCACAAAACUACCAAGAUUUGUUUGAAGCAAUUCACAGAAGGGGAGAUACAUUCUAUGUGGUAUCAUUCCGUAGGGAUCACCUGUUGUUGCCUGCUACCACCCAUAAUAAGACCAGACGACCAAAGAUGUCAAUAGUAUUGCCAGCAAUAAACAUCAGUGAGAAAAUAAUCAAUGGCCAAGACUACGAAGUUAUGAUGCAGAUAGACUGUGAAGUGAUGGACACCAGGAUCUUGCACAUCAAAAGCUCCUCCAUCCCUCGUUACCUUCGAGACCAUCAGAGGAACCAUACAACGUCCUUCUACAGCUCUCCUCCAACAGUCCCAGAGGCAGCUCCUGCUGUGAGAGCAAUCACAGAAUCACCACAGUAGGCUCCCCGUCAGGCUUAAUACCCUGGAAUGACCAAUUGGCCUGGUUGCUUCUUAAUGGGUUUGCCGUGGCAGCUUUAUGGGCAGUGUCCUGCCUCAGUCAAGAGCCUACCACAGUCAACAUGAGGCUAUCAAAUAAGCCUCUAAGACUACUAACCCAAUCCGUCCUCGCUGCUUUGUACCAUUGCUACUGUUCCAGUAGCAAUAAAUCAUUACUUGGUUGUAUAGGUGAGGUGGACUUUUGGUUGAUUUGAUUUGAUCAAUGGCAAAAGUAGAGGGGGGGGAGAGAAAACAAGGAGGUCCCAGCUGUGGUGAUGUGGAUUGCAGGUGAGGGUCUCCCAAGGCAGCUUGCUUCUAGUGUUUCAGAUGUUUCAUUCAGCCUCGAGACAACUGUUGUAUCAUAAACAUGGAUCUUUUGGUGACGCUACCGGUUAUCCAUCCCUCAAGUUAAUAAUGUAUAGUUGAUGGGCAAGCAAUUAUUUCCCUAGCUAGUGGGGUUACAAAGUUGUGCAGUCUGGAAUGGGGUUGGACAUGUCUUUAUGAAUCACAAGACAGAGAAACCAGUAGGAGAACACUUCAAUCUCCCAGGACAUUCUAUACAAGAUCUCAAAGUAGCUGUCUUAUUACAAAAGAAUUUCAGAAAUAGACUGGAAAGAGAAGUUGCUGAACUGCAACUUAUUACCAAACUUAAAACCAUGGAGAGACCUGGUCUGAAUAAAGACAUUGGAUUCUUAUCUCAUCAUACAGGAUAAAGCUAUCUUUAGCCAUCUCACCCCUUGCUUUUUCCUGUAAGACCAAUUCCAGUCGUUAACAGUCAUCAACGGGUUUCCACACCUAUCAGUCAAUCACCCAUUCCCACUACCCUUCUGAGUAAUACCCCUCCCCACCCUCUCACUAUAUUUAAGGGUCUGGUGACUUCUGUUUCAGUGAAUCUGAAGAAGUGUGCAUGCACACGAAAGCUCAUACCAAUGACAAACUUAGUUGGUCUCUAAGGUGCUACUGGAAGGAAUUUUUUUUCCCAAUGUCUUUAUGAGCAUCUGUUGGCUGGCACUUACAACCUCACUGUUGCAGACCCAAGUUUUGACUCGUAAUAUCAGCCUGCACAGAGGGAACUGAAACUGACUUUGGAAGAGCCCCUUGUCAGUUACACACAGACUCACAGAGAAACACACACACUCAGUGGCCAAUCUUCAGUUUGCUAAACUUCGCUUAGCAACUGUAGCUAAAUGCACUUUUGGCCUUAAUGGAUAUGAGGCUUCUUCUCCAGAAUUUGCUUUAAGGCUGUGGUGUUUCAACUCUCUUGUGAGUGUCCCCCUUUGCAUGUUCUCUCAUAUAUCUGUUUUUAGAUUUUUAUUUUUAGCCUAAGAAAGCACUUUCCCUUCUCCUAAAUCCAUUACCUGGGGACAGGGGACAUGGCAGGGCUGUCCUGCAAACACUAAUAUGUAAUGAGAACAAUAUUUGAACAGAUCGUCUGGAUAAGACCAUAGAACAGUGUGUAAUGACCAUGGGCUUUGCAGAAGGAAACAAUUGUAGCUGUGCAAAUCCCUACACUGUCAGGAAAAAGGGGAUAGAUUCUAGGCAGCUGGGAAUGGGUGUGCCUCUUAAAGAAGAUGCAAAGGCCACCAAAGCCAGAGCCAGUUAAAUGUCCGCACUCAGUGAGAGCAGGUUCACUGCCUCCCCCCCCCCACUCCUUUGGACAUAUUGAGUACCCAUAUUGGGCAUAUAGAGCACCCAUAUUGGGAUAUGCUUUGAAAUUGUCAGGAAUAGGAAAGGAGAAUGUGCUGCUGUUGUAGAAGAUGGACAGAUCAUGCAAAGGGAAAAGAAACUAGAGACAGGAGGCUAAGGUUUAGAUUUAUUUAUUUUAAAUAUAUAUAUAUUUGCUGUCUUUCCAUAUAAAUAUCCUCAGGGUAACUUAUAUGAUAAGGGUAAGUCAGGCAUGAUCUGUUAAAUGCAUGUUGAAACAAAUGGGGCUUACAGCAAGAAUGGCUGCCUUCUCCCAAGAGAAAACUAACCUCAUGCCAGAAGCACUCUCAGCAGAGAAGAACAUGCCGAUAUGGCAUGACCAGUGCAGGUGUUACAGAACCAGCAACCUCUUGCUUCCUUUGUCGCCUGUUUCUCAAAUAGAAAAAGGGAGUCAGUUCAGACAUUGUACAUACCACUACAUUUGUGCAAAUAACACUUGCACAAGUACUCUACUCGUGAUCAGUGUAAUGUCAGGUCCACAUACCUGGGAAGUAACGGCAGAAGCUCCUAUGAAUGGGAUGUGACGGGUAGAGAAAUCCUGGCUUAUAGAUGCAGUUGCUGUAACUUCUGUGGCUAUGACUGGCAGCAGGAGGUGUUAAAUUGUCCCACAGCAUUUGAGCUGAUCUGAAAGUGGCAUCGUCAAGUUAGGUGCAGUCCUGAAGCUUACCUGCGCUUACCCUGCUCACUGGAGUACACCACUCCUGUGCUCAAUUAUUUUGUGCAAAUAAGCUGGUAAAGGUAAAGGCCCCUGACCAUCAGGUCCAGUCGUGUCCGACUCUGGGGUUGCGGCGCUCAUCUUGCUCUAUAGGCCGAGGGAGCCAGCAUUUGUCCGCAGACAGUUUUUCCAGGUCACGUGGCCAGCAUGACAAAGCUGCUUCUGGCGAACCAGAGCAGCGCACGGAAACGCCGUUUACCUUCCCGCCGGAGUGGUCCCUAUUUAUCUACUUGCACUUUGACGUGCUUUCGAACUGCUAGGUGGGCAGGAGCUGGGACCGAGCAACGGGAGCUCACCCCAUUGCAGGGAUUCGAACCGCCGACCUUGUGUAACUAAAGUGAAUGGGUUUUUAACUGAAAUAACUUACUGGUUAACUUUCUGCCAAAGUAUCAAAAGUGACAUACAUAAAACAUAAGGAAAACCCCAAACAAUAUAACAAAAUGGCAAUGAAAAUGGAAAAGUAUCAACCUUAAACAUUCUUAAAAUAACAAACCAAAAACCCAGGAGCUAGCUGGUGCAUCAGCUAAGAGUUUUUUUUACUGGUGCCUAGAAAUCAGCAGGAAAGAUGCUCCAAAGGAGAGAAGCCACCUCUGACAAGUCCCAAUUUAGCUUGUCUCCUGCUUCUGUUGUCUCCCAUGUUUCAUUUAUAAGCUCUUCAGGCCAAGGACCUAACAUUAAUGCUUACCUGGUAAGGUGCCAUGCACAUUGAUGGCACUAUAUAAACAACAACAACAACAUACCGGUAUACACCAGCUCUUAUUUGUCCAUUAUGCUGAGAAAUGCUUUGCUUUGCCAGGAUUUUACCAUGCAACAGGUGAAUUUGUCUCUUACAAAAUGUGCUUAUGUGACUGGAACUCCACCAUAUAUUGUCUUUACCCCUUCACAGCAUCUCAGGGUGUAUGUGAUGCAGAGCCUUUGAGCAUGGAGGGAUUCUGCUGCAUUUUUCCUGCAGAGGAAACUUGCUGGCUCCUAGUGGCUAUAAUAAAAUAAUAAAACAUUAUUUUAUGAAGGAAGGCAUUGUUCACUCGGGUGCUGAGCCCCCAUUGUGGCACAAGGAAAUCUCAGCAUCCUGAAAGCACUUCCCUGUAGGAAGCCAUAUUUUGCACAAUUUGAUAUUAAUGGAAAUCUACACAGAAACAUUUUUGGAAAGGUGUUUUUUUUGGGGGGGGGGGAAGUGCAAGAUGGCUUCCAGUAGGAAGGCUACAGUGCUGGAUCUGUUGCAUAGUUGGAGGGUGAACCAUUUUAGAGUACUUUCCUCUACUUUUUAGACUUACCUGGUCCAACAACACCGUUUGAAGCAAGCAGUUUUGGUAUAGCCAAACAUUUUCUGUAAUAAAGGGUAUGGUUUGAGGGUGCAUUUAGAAUCCUGAUGAGUUUUUGGCCCUGCCAAGCAAAUUACCAGCCAAAUCAGGCAGCAGCACUCCCCCCCUCUCGCACACGCACACCAAGCUUGGUUUUGUCAAGUUUUGAUUUUUCAUUCAUCCAACAUGCUGGCCUAAGUUGGGCAGAAAUGUCCUAGCUAAUACAGGGUUCCUUGGGGGUGCCUAGUGCACCAGGCUCACAUCCUUCUCCUGGUGCUAGUCUUGGCCCAUUGGGGGUGGGGCAGUAAUGCAAGUUCAAGGAGCUACAGUAUGAACUAGAGCAGUGUCCUGUUUGCUUUGCUAGGGCACUUCUCCUUUGUUAGGGAUGCUCUGCUUUCUUUUAAAAGCCUCCCCCUUCUUGAAGGCCUUUAUUAAUCUCUAGUCUAGCCCAUGUGAAAGUCACGGCGUUCAGCUGUCCUCCUGCCAGCCCCAGCACUGCCUGUCUGCAACUGGCUAGCUGCCCUUGGCUUAGGACACAACUCCUGCAGAACACUUUAUUAAAACUGAAAACCUCCCUUUCAGAAGAAGCUAAGCAGAGACCAUUUUCUGAGAAGUUGAUCUCAUUUUGAUUGCCACCCCCCCCCCCGCCCCGCAAGCUUAGACCAGUUUUUUCUACAAGCCCAGGUUUGUGUGUUAACAUCCCACAAAUAAAUUAAAGACGGCAUUGUGCA